AUGCAUAAAAUUUUACUUCUUUUAAUCCUUAUAAUAAUCCAUAAAUCGAGUGAGCACGUUUUAACUAAAAAAUCCAUAUUCGGUGGAAACGAAAAGCUCGAUAAAUCUUCAAAAGAUUCCUUAAUUGGAACAUGCAAAACCGGCUCAAAAUGCGUCCCCUUCAUCAGCUGCCCCGGCCACAUUUGGCACGAAAACAAAGAAUUAUGCAGCACCACAGUAUCCAACACAGGAAUUUGCUGCACCACCGGAAAAAACAUCUCAAUGACAAACGCAUCGAAAGAGAGAGUCAACUACAACCUGCAUUUAGACUCCGAAACGAUCGGCGUGAUCAAACAGCGCACCAAGAACUCGAUGAGCCAGCUCCAAGCCAAGGAAGCCCAGCUUCUCGCCGCCGGCGGUUCGGUGGUCUUGACGCGCGAUUCCGCCAGCUACGGCCACUUCAGGAACUCCAGGCGCUUCAGCCGCUUCGACUCCUAUGAAGUCACCGACGCGGCCAGCAGAGCUCUGGAGAUGUCUUUGGCCACCAAGGCUUUCAAAGAUCGGGAAGGCUUGAGCAAUUUGGAUUUAGAGCAAGGUCUGCUCAUGGACGACCUCAGCUCCACGCCGCUCGGCCAUUCCUGCGCCACUCGACCCCAGUGUCCCGUGGUGGUGGAAAAGUACAGAUCGAUAGAUGGUUCCUGCAACAAUCGCUACUACGCUCUAUGGGGAACCGCCAUGUCGCCCAUGUCGAGGUUGAUGGCGCCUUCGUACGAUGAUGGUAUCUGGUCGCCCAGAAGGUCUGUGGUGGACAAUGAACUGCUGCCGAGUGCCAGGCGUGUGGUGACGACAGUUUUCACUGAAGAGAGCGCUGUUCAGCCGGAAUUUACGCUGCUUCUCAUGCAAUUCGGGCAGUUUAUCUCUCAUGAUAUCUCCCAAGGAUUGGAUUUUACAUACGGGAACGGCAGCGCCAUUUCCUGUUGUAACAAAGAUGGCACAAAAAGUUUGCCUAUAGACAGCCGCCAUUUCGCUUGCAUGCCGAUUUAUUUGCCGAAAACUGAUUCUUUCUACGCCGGCUACAACCAAAGGUGCAUGAAUUUCGUAAGGACCGUUCUGGCUCCUCGGGAGGAUUGCACUUUAGGCUACUCCCAACAGAUGAACAAAGUUACCCACUUUCUGGACGGUUCGACCAUUUACGGCUCAUCUGCUGACCAAACGGCCCAGCUGAGGACCUUCGAAGGUGGGAAAUUGAAGACCUUCAACGAUUACGGUAGAGAGCUCUUACCUUUGGCCAAAAACAAGGAUGCUUGCCUUAGCAACGAAGAGGGAAUGGCUUGUUUCGAAUCAGGAGACACGAGAACCAACCAAAUGAUCACCCUGGUCGCUUUACACACGCUGUUUUUGAGGGAGCACAACAGGAUAGCGGACGUGCUGUCCCAUUUGAACCCCACAUGGGACGAUGAAUACGUUUUUCUGGAGGCCCGGCAAAUUGUUGUCGCGGAAAUACAAGCUAUUACCUACAAAGAAUUUUUACCGGCAAUUUUAGGGUACAAAACCAUGCAAGAGUUCGAUUUGAAUUUGGAGAACGGGUACGAUUACUAUUUGGGAUACGAUUCGUACAUAAAUCCGUCGAUAAUUAACGAAUUUUCUACAGCUGCUUUUAGAUUCGGCCAUUCCAUUGUAGACGGACGACUCGAAUUAUACGAAGGGCGUAAAAUGGACCAAACGAUCUUCAUUCCCGAAGUCAUGUUCUAUCCAUCUCAGAUGCGUCGAACUAAAUUUCUGGAUAUGAUAUUAAGCACGUUAACAGGAAAGCCCAUGCAAGCUGUGGAUAGGUCAUUUUCCGAAGCUUUAACAAAAUACCUAUUUAGAGGAGGUAGCCCGUUCGGGGUAGACCUACCCUCCAUAAACAUCCAAAGAGGCAGGGACCACGGUUUGAGGCCUUACAACGACUACAGGCAAUUGAGCGGCUUGCCCAGAUACAAUUCAUUCGAAGACUUCGGAUCGGAGGUCGGGGAGAAGCUGGCCAAAGUAUACCGAAGCGUGGACGACGUGGACCUGUGGGUGGGCGGUUUGCUGGAGGAACCCAUCGAAGACAGCCUGGUGGGGCCCGUGUUCCGGGAUAUGAUAGCGGAGCAAUUUUUGAGAACGAAGCGAGGCGAUCGGUACUACUUCGAAAACGAUCCCAGCGUCAAUCCCGGUCAUUUUAGUCCAGAUCAACUAUUUCAAUUGAGGAAGGCGAGUAUAUCCAGAAUCAUUUGUGAUAACAACGACCAUAUUCUCAUUUCUCGGCUCGCUCCAAACGCUUUCCGAGUACCUAAUGUCAAUGGGAAUGAUUUCGUGGAUUGCCACAGCAACUCCAUACCAAGAGUCGAUCUAAGAUAUUGGAAUUACGCCUAA